CAGGCAGCUGCUCGUGGGUGGUGGGGGCUAGGCUGGGAGGCACACUUGGCGCGCAUGCAUGGGUAGUUGGGAUGAGCUGCAUGGUAAAGGAUCUCCUCUCCUCUUUCUUAAAGAUCCCGCUCGCCAACUGUUGCUUAGGUCAGUGUUGUCUGCACUGACCGGCAGCAGCUCUCCAGGUUUGGGCCCCCUCCCCCGCACGCCCUCCUCUGGCCCGGCCGAUGCCAGGGAAUAAACGUGGGGUUCUUGCGUGCAGAAAGCUCCUGAAAGGGAGGAAUAAAGGAGAAUGGAAUUUGGGUGUCACAGACCUCCGUCCCUUGGAAGGUACCGUUUGGAGGCUGCUUCGGAGCAGAUUAAAAAUGGAAAAGGGAGACUCGGCUGGCCAUGAAGCAGGAAAAGGCCCUGAGGCCAACCUGGCUGGGAGCACUGGGGAAUUCUGGGAAAGGACAGAGAAGAAGAUCCAGGAAGAGGACACCAGCAGCUCAGAUGCACAGUGCCAGCGCUUCAGGCAGUUGUUCUACCAGGAGACCAAGGGGCCUCGAGAGGUUUGCAGCCAACUCCACCACCUUUGCCGUCAGUGGUUGAAGCCAGAGAGAUGCACAAAAGAUCAGAUGCUGGACCUGGUGAUCCUCGAGCAGUUCCUGACCGUUCUGCCCCCGGAGAUGGAGAGAUGGGUGAGAGAAUGCAGAGCGGAGACCAGUUCCCAGGCGGUGUCCCUUGCAGAAGGUUUCCUCCUGAGCCAGGCAGAGGAGAAGCAGCAGGAAGAUCAGCAGGAUCUCCUCUUCUGUCUGUUUCAGACGCAAGGACUCUUGACAGAAGCGGUCCCUGAUUUCCACGAGGCAGAGACGGACCCAUCGGACGCUAGGCAGACACCCUUGUCCAGGGAGAUCUUGCAUGAGGAGGGCAGUGGUGCCUCUUUGCUGGGUGCUGGCAUGACUCUGCCUCUGCAUUCUCAGCCAUCUCUUCCUUCGGGUGGAGUGGGAGGCGUUUCAGGACGACCAGAUCAGGGCCUGGUGACCUUUGAGGACGUGGCCAUGCAUUUCACAGAGGAGGAGUGGCUCUGCUGGAUUCUGGCCAAAAGACUCUGCACAGGGAAGUCAUGGAAGAGAAUUGUUGGAUUGUGGCCUCUCUGGUGGAAUUUGGGUGUCACAGACCUCCAUCCUUGGAAGGUACCGUGUUGGAGGCUGCUUUGGAGCAGAUUAAAGAUGGAAAAGGAAGACUCAGCUGGCCAUGAAGCAGGAAAAGGCCCUGAGGCCAACCAGGCUGGGAACACUGGGGAAUUCUGGGAAAGGACAGGGAAGAAGAUCCGGGAGGAGGACACCAGCAGCUCAGAUGCAAAAUGCCAGCAAUUCAGGCAGUUCUGCUACCAGGAGACCGAGGGGCCCCGAGAGGUUUGCAGCCAACUCCACCACCUUUGCUGUCAGUGGCUGAAGCCAGAGAGGCACACGAAAGCUCAGAUGCUGGACCUGGUGAUCCUGGAGCAGUUCCUGACUGUCCUGCCCCCGGAGAUGGAGAGCUGGGUGAGAGAAUGCGGAGCAGAGACCAGUUCCCAGGCGGUAUCCCUGGCAGAAGGUUUCCUCUUGAGCCAGGCAGAGGAGAAGCAGCAGGAAGAGAAGCAGACGCAAGGACUGUUGACAGAAGCGGUCCCUGAUUUCCACGAGGCAGAGACGGACCCAUCGGACGCUAGGCAGACACCCUUGUCCAGGGAGAUCUUGCAUGAGGAGGGCAGUGGUGCCUCUUUGCUGGGUGCUGGCAUGACACUGCCUCUGCAUUCUCAGCCAUCUCUUCCUUCGGGUGGAGUGGGAGGUGCUUCAGGACGACCAGACCAGGGCCUGGUGACCUUUGAGGACGUGGCUGUGCAUUUCACAGAGGAGGAGUGGGCUCUGCUGGAUUCUGGCCAAAAGACUCUGCACAGGGAAGUCAUGGAAGAGAAUGGUUGGAUUGUGGCCUCUCUGGCAGGUGGCAGUUGGAGGACGGAGGAAAAUCCUUUUGGAGGAUAUUUAGGAGGUGUCAGAUGGAAAAAGAGGGAACAACAGAAAAAGAAAACUGAAGCACAAUGGAAGAACAGGAUUGGAUCAUCUGCUUCUCAGCAUGGUGAUGUCUAUGAAAAUGGAAUGCAAAAAACUAUGCAGAAAGAAACAGAAAGAAGGCUGCAGGCUCUGAGAAGGAAAAGCUUCAUUUCAGGCAUUGAAAUUCAAUGGGAAAUGCACUCAGAUGAGAAAUCAUAUACAUGCUUGGAGUGCGGAAGGAGUUUCAGGAAAAGUGGAAAUCUUACUAGGCAUCAGAGAACCCAUACUGGAGAGAAACCAUAUAAAUGCUUGGAGUGCCGAAGGAGCUUCAGGGACAAUGCAAACCUUUCUAGGCAUCAAAAAACCCAUACUGGAGAGAAACCAUAUCAAUGUUUGGAGUGCGGAAGGAGUUUCAGGGACAAUGGAAAGCUUAUUAGACAUCAAAGAACCCAUACUGGAGAGAAACCAUAUAAAUGCUUGGAGUGCGGAAGGAGCUUCAGGGACAAUGGAAAUCUUACUAGGCAUCAAAAAACCCAUACUGGAGAGAAACCAUAUAAAUGCUUGGAGUGUGGAAAGACCUUCUACGAGAAGGGAACUCUUACAUUACAUCAUAGGAUCCAUACUGGGGAGAAAACAUUUAAAUGUCUGGAGUGUGGAAUGUGCUUCAGGGACAAUGGAAAGCUUACUAGGCAUCAACGAACCCACACAGGAGAGAAACCAUAUAAAUGCUUGGAGUGUGGAAAGAGCUUCAGUGACAAUGGAACACUUACUAGACAUCGAAGAAUCCACACAGGAGAGAGAUUAUAUACGUGCUUGGAGUGUGGAAAGACCUUCAGCGAGAAGGGAACUCUUACUUUACAUCAUAAGAUCCAUAUGAGAGAGAAAACAUUUAAGUGUCUGGAGUGUGGAAGGUGCUUCAGGGACAAUGGAAAGCUUACUAGGCAUCAAAGAACCCAUACUGGAGAGAAACCAUAUAAAUGCUUGGAGUGUGGACAGAGUUUCAGCGAGAAUGGAAAGCUUACUAGGCAUCAAAGAACCCACACUGGAGAGCAACCAUAUAAAUGCCUGGAGUGUGGAAAGAGCUUCAGCGGGAAUGGAACUCUUACUAGGCAUCAAAGAACCCACACAGGAGAGAAACCAUAUAAAUGCUUGGAGUGUGGAAAGACCUUCUGCGAGAAGCGAAAUCUUACUGUACAUCAUAGAAUCCAUACAGGGGAGAAACCAUAUAAAUGCUUGGAGUGCGGAUGGUGCUUCAGGGACAAUGGGAAGCUUACUAGGCAUCAAAAGACCCAUACUGGAGAGAUACCAUAUAAAUGUUUGGAGUGUGGAAAGAGCUUCAGAGAUAAUGGAAAGCUUUCUAUGCAUUCAAGAACCCACAUCCAGAUAAACCAUAUAACUGCUUGGCAUGUUGAAGGCACUUCAGUGAGAAUGGGAAGCUUACUGUGCAUCAAAGAACCCACACUGGAGAGAAACCAUAUAAAUGUCUGGAGUGCGGGAGGAGCUUCAUGCUUUCAGCAGCCAGGCUGCAAAGCACCAUCCCUGCCAGGGCCCAGGCUCCCAUCGCAGCACGUCCAGACGGCUCCCCGAGACACGGCGGCCGCGUGGCCCCGAGCGACACCGCGGGAGUGGUUUGAAGCUCCACAAGGUGGAAUUUGGGUGUCGCAGACCUCCAUCCCUUUGAAGGGACUGUGUCAGAGAUUAAAGAUGGAAAGGGAAGAGUUGGCUGGCCAUGAAGCAGGAAAAGGCCCUGAGGCCAACCAGGCUGGGAGCAAUGGGGAAUUCUGGGAAAAUACUGAGCAGAAGAUCCAGGAAGAGGACACCAGCAGCUCAGAUGCACAGUGCCAACGCUUUAGGCAGUUCCGCUACCAGGAGACUGAAGGGCCCCGAGAGGUUUGCAGCCAACUCCACCACCUCUGCCGUCAGUGGCUGGAGCCAGAGAGGCACACGAAAGCUCAGAUGCUGGACCUGGUGAUCCUGGAGCAGUUCCUGACCGUCCUGCCCCCGGAGGUGGAGAGCUGGGUCAGAGAAUGCGGAGCAGAGACCAGUUCGCAGGCGGUGGCCCUGGCGGAAGGUUUCCUCUUGAGCCAGGCAGAGGAGAAGCAGCAGGAAGAGCAGCAGACACAAGGACUAUUGUUAAAGCAACAACUGAUUUCUAAGCAGCAACUCAUGGGAAGGACCCAUUGGACACUAGUCAGAGGCCAUUAUCCAGCGAGAUCUCGCAGGAGGGGGACAGAGGUACCACAUUGCUGGGGCCAGGUGACCUUUGAGGACGUGGCUGUGCAUUUCACAGAGGAGGAGUGGGCUCUGCUGGAUUGCGGCCAAAAGACUCUGCACAGGGAAGUCAUGGAAGAGAAUGGCUGGAAUGUGGCCUCUCUGGCAGGUGACAGUUGCGGGAGAAAGAAUGAAGAAAAACCCAGCGGAGGAUUGUUGGGAGGUGCCAGAUGGAAAAAGAGGGAACAACAGAGAAAGAAAACUGAAGCACAAUGGAAGAACAGGAUUGGAUCAUCUGGUUCUCAGCAUGGUAAUGUCCAUGAAAAUGGAAUGCAAAAAACAUCACAGGAAGAAACAGAAAGAAGUCUGCAGCCUCCGAGUAGGAAAAGCUUCAGUUCUGAACCAAGCUUUCAACUUAAAAGGAAAGUGCACACUGAAGAGAAACCAUAUACCUGCUUGGAGUGUGGAAGGAGCUUCAGCCAGAAUGGAAAGCUUACUAGGCAUCAAAGAACCCACACAUGCGAGAAACCAUAUAAAUGCUGGGAGUGUGGAAAGAGUUUCAGUAAGAAUGGAAAGCUUACUAGGCAUCAAAGAACCCACACAGGAGUGAAACCAUAUAAAUGCUUGGAGUGUGGAAAGAUGUUCAGUGAGAAUGGAAAGCUUACUAGGCAUCAAAGAACUCACACAGGAGCGAAACCAUAUGAAUGCUUGGAGUGUGGAAAGAGCUUCAGACAGAAGGGAAAUCUUAUUGUGCAUCAAAAAAUCCACACAGGAGAGAAACCAUAUAAAUGCUUGGAGUGUGGAAAGAGCUUCAGCUGGAAGGGAAAUCUUAUUGUGCAUCAAAGAACUCACACAGGAGAGAAACCAUAUAAAUGCUUGGAGUGUGGAAAGAGCUUCAGUGAGACUGGAAAGCUUACUAGGCAUCAAAGAUUGCACACAGAAGAGAAACCAUAUAAAUGCUUGGAGUGUGGAAAGAGCUUCAGCCAGAAUGGAAUGCUUACUAGGCAUCAAAGAACCCACACAGGAGAGAAACCAUAUAAAUGCUUGGAGUGUGGAAAGAGCUUCAGCCAGAAUGGAAUGCUUACUAGGCAUCAAAGAACCCACACAGGAGAGAAACCAUAUAAAUGCUUGGAGUGUGGAAAGAGCUUCAGCCAGAAUGGAAUGCUUACUCAGCAUCAAAGAACCCACACAGGAGAGAAACCAUAUAAAUGCUUGGAGUGUGGGCAGAGCUUCAGGCAGAAGGGAACUCUUAAUUUACACCAUAGAACCCACGCAGGAGAGAAACCAUAUAAAUGCUUGGAGUGUGGAAAGAGCUUCAUCAGGAGGGAAGGUCUUAUUGUACAUCAUAGAACCCACACAGAAUAGAAACCAUAUAAAUGCUGGGAGUGUGGAAAGAGGUUCAGGCAGAGGGGAACUCUUAUUUCACAUCAUAGAACCCAUACAGAAGAAAAACCAUAUAUAUGCUUGGUAUGAGGGAAGAGCUUCAGUGUAAGUUCUUUCUCCUCCCACUGAAGUCUCAUCUGUCCCAAAUUCCCUCUGGCAUCUCUCCCAUGGACUAGAUCAAGGGGAGAAUAACCUCGGCUCGGGUGCGGCACAGCUCUGUAGGUGUCCAACAGCUGUGGCAACCCCAAGUCCCAGUCUUUGGAAUGCUCCUUAAUGAACUUGUGGAUCGUGGCCCCCAAAGUCCCUUGGGCCUCUCCCACUGAUCCACUUGUCAGAUGCUGGCCAGACACAGGGGUGAGGUGCUCCAAUGCUUUUCCAUCAUCCCAUGUAUGAACUUGGCACCUGCGUCAGUCAGGACUUCCCUUGGCCAACCAGUCCUGGCAGAAAUGCUCAGCAGAGCCUGACUUACAGUCUUUGCAUCUUUCUGUCUUAGGGCAACCGCCUCUGGCCACCUAGUGGCACAGUCCAUUACAGUCAGUAUAUACUGUUUUCCCCUGGAAGUCUUGGGUUAGAUAGGCGCCAGGAUGUCUAUUGUCACUCUAUGUAAUGGGGUGUCCCUGCCAGACAAGGGCUGUACAGGUGUCUGCCCUUCUCCCUGGCUUUCCCCCCUUUUCUGGCAAACCUCACAUGACUUCACAUCCUUAGUCACGUCCUGGCCAAACCCAGUCCAGUGAAGGUUUUUUCUCACUCUGUCCUUUGUUCUCCCCACACCCAUGUGUCCAUUUGAGUGGGCAUGCACCAUCUCUAAGAUGCUCAAGCAGUGUCUCUUAGGCACUAUAAGUUGCUUCUGGGGUUUGAACUCCACCCUGUGUGCAGGGGCGUAACUAUAACUGGGCAAGGGGAGACAUUUGUCUCGGGGCCCACUGCCUUGAGGGCCCCCCCAGAGGCAUGUCUCGUGACUAUUCGGAGGCCUCCCCAACCAGCACCCGGUUCCUUCAGUAAUAAUCAGUAUUCAAUUCCGUUUCACCUCUUUGCAGUACUCUGUCUCUCCAGUGAGUCCCUCCCUCCUUUCCCCCAGCUCCACUCCACCAUUUUGCCUCGGCUCCUCCCGUCCUCCUGGCCCCGUCCGGCUCUCAUUGGCAGGUUGGCACCACAUGUCACCUGCCUGAUCAGUUCAGCCGGAAAGUUCCCUUUGCCGGCUGAGCAAGAGAUCGCAGCUGGAGCUCUCGGCCCAGGCCCGGCGGUAGUGGGGGGUGGGGGAGGUCCACAGCCCUUCCGUGGGAUCAGCAGCUAGCCUCACGAAUUCAAGAGGAGACACAUUUGAAAAGAAGUGUGUGACCCAGUGUGCCUUUCCUUUUGGGGGAGGAGGAGGGGUGUGGGGGGUGGAUGAGAGAGGAACACAGACA